UGUUUGUGUACAUCCCAAUUGUUGUUGAUUUUUCUACGGUUUCUGUUAAUUUUCUGUUGACUUGAAAACGAAAACUAGUUAGCUCAAUAGUUAAUCAUGAUAAUUAUUGUGUGUGCAGUUAUUGUUUUAUGGUUGUGCCAACGAUGCCAAGUAAUGUGUCGCGUUGGCUCAGAAGUGACAGCUCCCUAUUUGAAUUGUAUAUUGCAUAACAUAACAACAUUGCAAGUGCAUAAAACGUACAGUACACUGGUGCAUGAGAGACCCGAGCUCUACAGCUGACUGAAUAACACCGCAUGCCUCUAAUUGAUAAAUGGUCCGAGCUAUGAAAACAGUUGAUUCAUGGCUCAACAGCAUUGUUAUCAGUAGGCGACAUAUGACAGGCGCUGGGUGUAACGUUCGCCCUCUACGGGUUUACACCCCCCGUCAACCUUCUGUUCUGAAGCUACUGCACCGGGACUCUGAGUCAUCUGUCGAAAUGCAUGUGUUGCUUCUGAAAGAACCAAGAGAGGGAGGCUCUGGACCAGAUCCUUACAUCAAGGAGCUGGCAUCCCGUGGACACAAACCAACCUUAAUUCCUGUGUUGUCGUUUACAUUUGUUUCCUUGAACACUUUGUCAGACAAGUCUCUACUCCUACAGCUGUUCCAGCCAGAACGACAUGGCGGGCUGAUUUUUACCAGCCCGAGGGCGGUGGAGGCAGUCAAAAUGUGUCUUGAAGAUGAUGAAAGAACGGAACAGUGGAACAAUGACAUAAAAGACAAAUGGAAUGCCAAGUCCAUCUAUGUUGUUGGGAAGGCUACUGCAGCGCUAGGUGAGUAAUUGAUCACGAAACAUUAACUUACUGGCAUUGAAACACUUCUAUUCAGCGUGGAGCUCUU